CCAUAUGCAUGUGUGCGAAAAGUGCAGCAUGAGAACAGCUGAGCGAUAUCGAUAGAUGAGUGCCAGCUCUAAAAUGAAAACAAAUAAAGCUCGUGCAAUAAUUUUUGACUCAGCAGCUAGUAUAGUAUUAUUAACAAACAGAGCUGUGGACACAAGGCACGCCGCACUGCAAGCACAAGCAUAAGCACGAUGAGCCAGACGCUGCUCGGCCACAGUUGUCUAUAAAGGCAGCGGAUUGACGGACGGAUGGCCGGACGAGCAGCAUAGCAAACGUCAACAAAACAACAAUUGUCACAAUAGAACAUGAAUUAGGAAUUAAUUAAAAAGGCAAAUGUAACAAACUGAAGUACUUCAAAUACGUACUACGUACAUAAAUAAAUGUUAAACGCAACCCAGCAAGCGAUGCCCACCUCUUAUUGCAAAUGAGCAGCAGUAAUGAGUUGCCUGCGUAUAAUUCAAGGCAGAAGCAACAAUAACAAUAUUAACAACAACGACAACGUCAACGGGAACAGUAAUAGCAAGCAAACAAACAAAAUAAAAAUAAGCGCUGAGGGCGAAAGGCAGCUGCUACGAAAGCGACAGCGGCGACGACAACGCAGCCGGUGAGAAUCAGAAGCCCAAAAGCAAAAUAAAAGAAAGUAAGCUUCAAGUGAAAUUAGGCCAACAUUUGCAGCAGCGCCAACAGCGUUGAAGGCAAAAGCAACCAGAACGAGAAAAACAACAACAAUAAGAACACUUAAAAAGGGAUCAGCUUUAAAAUGGAAUUUCUGACAAAUUUCAUCAACAAUCAACAGAGUCUGUUGUCAAGUUACAUCGAUUUGGACUAUUCACUAUGGCUAUAUCGCUUUCUAACGCCACUGAUUGUUACUUUCCUGCUGCCGCUGGUGUUUGUAGCCCUCAUCUACAUAUCAUUCUUAGUGCUCUUCAUCUACAAGCUGCACAGGCAGGUCAUUAUGCGCGCUGUACAGACGAAUCGGAACUUUUGGCGCGUGGGACGCAAGAUUGUGGCCGCCAUUUGGGAUGCACAUGCGCGCAUCUAUCAUGGCUACGAGGUGAUUGGCAUGGACAAUGUGCCGCAGGAGGGACCAGCGUUAAUCGUCUACUAUCAUGGCGCCAUACCCAUCGACAUGUACUAUCUGAACUCACGCAUGCUGCUGCAACGCGAGCGACUCAUCUAUACGAUAGGCGAUCGCUUUCUGUUCAAGCUGCCUGGCUGGGGCACCAUUUCGGAGGCGUUCCACGUCAGUCCGGGCACGGUGCAGUCAUGCGUCAGCAUUUUGCGUGAUGGCAAUCUGUUGGCCAUCUCACCCGGCGGCGUCUAUGAGGCGCAGUUCGGCGAUCAUUAUUAUGAGCUGCUGUGGCGCAAUCGUGUCGGCUUCGCCAAGGUCGCCCAGGAGGCCAAGGUGCCUAUAAUACCUUGCUUUACGCAAAAUCUACGCGAGGGCUUUCGCCAGGUGGGCAUCUUUCGCACGUUCUUCAUGCGUCUCUACAACAAGGUGCGCAUACCAGUGUACCCCAUCUAUGGCGGCUUUCCAGUCAAGUUUCGCACAUACCUGGGCGCGCCCAUACCUUACGAUGAGAGCCUGACGCCGCAGGAGCUACAAAUCAAAGUGGCCACGGCCAUAGAGGAUCUGAUCAAUAAGCAUCAGCGUCUGCCUGGCAGCAUAUUGCUGGCGCUACUGGAUCGACUGCCUGCCUGCCUGCGACGCCAGCGCAACAGCUCUGUGACUGCGUCCAGCUCCAGCUCCAGUUCCAGCGCCAAAAGCAAAUCGGAAUAGCACUGUAGCUGUAAUCGUAGCAAUAAUUGUAAGCCUAAUUGUAGUUAUAGGCAUAGCUGUAGCUAUAAGCAUUAUUGUAACUUCAAGAUCCAAAACUCUCCAAUUGUUAAUAACUGUGUUAGAGCACUCAACAUACACUGAACGAGCUCAAGAAAUAAUUGCCUAAACGAAUGCGCCGUCAUAAGACUUUGUUCCAUGUACUUCUUCAUCUAACUUUAUACUUAAUGCUUACAUCUAAUACUUCCGUAUACACUAUAUGUACAAGUGCAAUGAUUCGCCUUAUAUCAUACAUACGAUAUGCUCCUCAUAUUGGGUGCUAACAUGUGUCUAGCAUACAUAGCCUUAAGUUCAAUAUCGAACAAUUCAAACAAUCUAGCAUUUUUAUACAAUUCUAUUAUUAUUUUU